CCCAAAAAUUAAAGAAAAAAACAAACGACGUUCCGUCAAGUGAAGAUCCAUGUUUGGAUCUAUAAAUACCCCAUCUCCAAACCUGCCCAACUCCUUUCAUUUUGAGAGGGGUAGAUCUUCGUUCAACCACGCCUAAUAACCGCUCGGAUUUUUCUCAGACGUGAAAAAAAUGGGGCUGUCUUUCACCAAGCUAUUCAGCCGGCUAUUUGCCAAAAAGGAGAUGCGUAUACUGAUGGUUGGGCUUGAUGCUGCUGGUAAAACCACCAUUCUUUACAAGCUGAAGUUGGGAGAGAUUGUCACUACCAUUCCCACCAUCGGUUUCAAUGUUGAGACCGUUGAAUACAAGAACAUCAGCUUCACUGUUUGGGAUGUUGGCGGCCAGGACAAGAUCCGACCAUUGUGGAGACACUAUUUCCAAAACACACAAGGACUUAUUUUCGUGGUUGAUAGCAAUGAUCGUGACCGUGUGGUUGAAGCUAGAGAUGAGUUGCACAGGAUGUUGAAUGAGGAUGAGUUGAGGGAUGCUGUGCUGCUAGUAUUUGCAAACAAGCAAGAUCUUCCAAAUGCUAUGAAUGCUGCUGAGAUUACCGACAAGCUUGGCCUUCAUUCUCUCCGCCAGCGUCACUGGUAUAUCCAGAGUACAUGCGCCACAUCUGGUGAAGGACUGUACGAGGGACUGGACUGGCUCUCAAACAACAUUGCAAACAAGGCAUAGAUGGCGUAAUUGACUUGUCUGUCUCAGAAAAUGCCAGCCCCUUUCGGAAUUAUUGAUGUUUCUACGUCCGUUAAAAUGUUUUGGUUUUUCAUGUUCUUUUGUUUCUUGCAAACUUUGUCAUUUGUUGCUUCUUGUAGUUUAAGAAUAAUUGGUAAAAUUUUCGGUUUCUAUUGUUGGUCUUGGUAGUUGGAAAAAAAAAAUGUAUUGUUUUCCCCAAUCUCGAGGUCAUUCCUUUCUUGAUGGAAAUUAACAGGUUAAGUCGGUUUCUUUAAUCUUUAAAUAUAAAGAUACCAAAUUUCUUUGGAUUCUUUAA